AUGGAUGCUAUCCGGAGUUUCCACGGAAAACUGCGUUCUCUGGCUGUCACUCUGGACAGCGAGACGGCCCGGCUGCAUCGGGCGCUGAAAGGAGAGGAGAGCGACUUGGAAGGGCAUGCCAUGAAGACGUUAUGUGACCUGCAUUCAGAAAUCCAGACUCUAAAGGGUGAUGUUGAUAGUCUUCUUCAUAAAGUGAGCUUGGAAAGUCAAGAAAACACACAUUUCCUAAAGGCAGCCAAAGUACUGAUGAAAAGGAAUUCAACGGAUAUUAUGAAGAUCAGAGAGUUUUUCCAGAUGUAUGGAUAUACUCCACAGGCCCAGGAAAAUUCAGUGGAUGAGCAUGAAAUCAUUAACACCAAAUUGGAGUUGGCUAGCAGUGAAGAUCUUGAAAAGCCCGAUAUGAAGGGCGAUGCUUUGAGUGGUUCUGUUUCUGAGAUGUCUUUACGCAGUCCACAACUUUCAGAUUUUGGACUCGAGCGAUACUUCAUACCUCAGGUUCUGCCUGGGCACCGGCAGGAUGUGAACAACCUUAAGGAAGAGCCAGUGAUUUUAACCCCACCUGCUAAAGAGUCACUAACUAAAGUACUGAAAACCCCAAAGUGUGCCCUGAAGAUGGAUGAUUUUGAGUGUGUGACUCCUAAACUAGAGCACUUUGGGAUCUCUGAAUAUACAUAUUUAAAUGAAGAUUAUACCAUGGGGCUUACAACUGUGACGGGUAGUAAAAAAAGUGAAGAAGCCAUAGAAACAGAACCAGUGGCCACUGAUUUUGUCUCUCCUGGCCCUACCGGCAUGCAGUUGGAAAGAAAUGAUGCUGUACAUUCAAAUUCACCCUUGCCUCCUACAUUCUGUACCCCUGGAUUGAAAAUUCCUUCUACAAAGAACAGUACAGACUUGGUACCCACAGAUUAUCUGUCAUCAGAAACAGUAAGUUCAACAAUUAAUUUGGAAGAGAAAGUUUGUGCUUCAUUAGUUUUAAAUCCAAAAGAAUCCUUUGAGAAUCUUCCAGAUCCUUCUUCUCCUACGAUUUCUUCUUACGAGGAUUUGCUGAGCACACCGACACCUCCAGAAGUCACUGCUAUUCCAGAAGACAUUCUCCAGAUUUUGUCAAGAUACAAUUCAAACCUAGCUACUCCAGUUGCAGUUAAAGGACUGCCACCUAGGAGUGUGUUUCUUAAGAAACAUGAAAGACAGAACAUUCAAGAUGUUUGGAAUAAAGAAAACUGA